GUUAUUAAUUUUAAUUAACAUUAUUUUUGAAUAUUGUUUAUGUAUAUUUGUUUGGUUUUUAAUGAACGUUAAUAGUUAUGCUUAUAAAAUUAUGUUAGCCUGUAACGUUACCUAAUUUUAGAUCAAACUGACACGUCUUUAGAAAAAGACCGGAAUAAAAACAAACCAUUAUGUCAGUAACCGUCCACGCACUAAACUUUGUAAAUGUGUUAAUCUGCAAAUAUUUUCAACCAAGAUAAUUUUCCCACUAAGCCAUUAUGGUCAUCAAACUAUUUUCUAUGCCCGUAACUGGCUAAUAUCCCGAGCUCGCUAAUCAUUCCGCUUCCUACGCCUUUGACGCCAACACAAAAUAAAGCCCACAAAUACUCCCUCACAAGCGACUUCCAAUGCGUUAAACAAAAGCAAAAUCACUCAUUUGGUUUUAUGCAACACGGUCUAGUUUUCAAAUCGCCAACGCGAAGAGAAAAUACAGUUUGCGGGCCUGCCAAAAGAGCCAGACUGCGGCCACCUGUCUGAGACUCCUUCCGCGUUUUCCUGCGGCUCCGAGGCAGUGACGUGCGCCUCUGAAGGCGGUGUAAUCUCCGGCGGAGCUGGAGGCUGCAGUGCCGCGGAGCGCAUCAGACUCGGCCCCUCCCCUCCGCGCUCCGCGGCGGCCCGCCCUGCUCACACAAGAGCCCCGUCUGCGCUCUGGCCGAGUCUGGGGAGGGAGACGGAAACCCGUGCGGCCUUGGAAACGAAACAAACAAAAAAAAAUCACAAAAGGUCUUAUAUUAUGCAGAUGACCGGCGGAGACAAUGGAUGAAGAUUCCCAUGAGCCCAAGAUCAUAUUCCAUGGGACAGAGGUUGAAGGAGAAGACGACGAGGUGGUGGUAGAACUGCAGGAGACGGUUCUGGUGUCUGACGUGGAGGGUGAGAAGAUCGCGGUGCAUGGCCUCGCCCAUGAGGAGCUGGUAAUCCAGGAAGCGAUCGAGGAUGUGGUGGCGGAGUAUGUGUCCUGCACAGAUGAAGACGAAGAGCUUGGCACCAUUGCUGUGGAGACCUGUGUGAUGUCACCCGAUGAUGUGGCUCUGGAGGAGGAAGGACUGGAAGUUGAUGUGGUGACUGACGCUAGAGUACAGGAGGAUCCUGACACCUGUGGAGACUACCUCAUGAUCUCUUUGGAUGAGGCUGGAAAGGUGGUUUCUGAUGAGGAUGCUAAAGUUACUAUUGAGGGCCCUUUAGAAGACCCAGAGGAUGUGGAGAAGGAUGAUGAGGGUCAAGAGGUCAUCAAAGUGUACAUCAUCAAGGCUCACCCAGAGGAGGAAGACUUGGGAGGCACUGUUGACAUAGGAGACACAGAGCUUGAUGUAGAUGAAACCGUGGAGCUGGUGGAUGCCUCUGGAAUGCCGAUAAGAGAAAAGAUGGUGUACAUGUCAGUGGGUGAAGCCAGUCAAAACCAGAAUGACAUCAAUGUGGCUAAAAUCACAGACGAGGUCUACAUGGAAGUGGUGGUGGGGGGUGAGGACCCUGGAAAUGUUCAGCGGACGAUUGACAAUGCAUCGCUCAGCAGAGACUUCAUGCCUGUGGCUUGGGCAGCUGCUUACAGUGGGGACGAGAGUGAAAGCGGUGAGAACAGGAAUGGAGCAGCAAGUGCUUUGCUGCACGUUGAUGAGUCCGAUAUGAUCGAAAGAGUGAGUCGUCAGCGAAGCAAGAACAAGAGCAAGAAACGCUCUGAACGUCGUCACGUUCAGACAGCAAUCAUCAUUGGACCCUACGGCCAGCCUCUUACAGUGUACCCUUGCAUGCUGUGUGGGAAGAAGUUCAAGUCGCGUGGUUUCCUCAAGCGCCACACCAAGAAUCACCAUCAGGAUGUCGUGAACCGAAAGAAAUACCAGUGCACGGACUGCGACUUCACCACAAACAAAAAAGCCAGUCUCCACAACCACAUGGAGAUCCACACCCUCAGCAGUAAAGCCCCGUUUGAGUGUGAAGCCUGCGGGAAAGAGUUCCACCAGCAGGCGGCGCUGUUCUCCCACCGUCUGCAGCACCACCACCGAGAAUCCAAGCUUCAGAUCCCGCCACCCACCACCAAAAUGCACGAGUGCAAGUUCUGCGAAUACGAGACGGCAGAACAAGGACUUCUAAACCGACACCUCCUCGCCGUUCACAGCAAGAACUUCCCGCAUAUCUGCGUGGAGUGUGGGAAGGGUUUCCGGCAUCCUUCAGAGCUGAAAAAACACAUGCGAACCCACACCGGCGAAAAACCGUACUCCUGCCUCUACUGCGACUACAAAUCAGCCGACUCGUCCAACUUAAAAACGCACAUCAAGACCAAGCAUAGCAAAGAGAUGCCCUUCAAGUGUGACCGCUGUUUCCAGACGUUUGCCGAACCUGACGAGCUGUUCCAACACGCACUGACACACGAGGAGUCCAAAACACACCACUGCACCCACUGUGACCAUAAAAGCUCCAAUUCCAGUGACCUGAAGCGCCACAUCAUUUCAGUUCACACCAAAGACUACCCGCAUAAAUGUGAAGUCUGUGGAAAAGGCUUCCACCGGCCGUCCGAGCUCAAAAAGCACUCGGCCGCUCAUAAGGUGAAGAAGUUACACCAGUGCAGGCAUUGCAACUUCAAAAUCGCCGAUCCGUUUGUCCUCAGUCGGCAUAUUUUGUCAGCGCACACCAAGGAGCAGCAGGCGUUUCCUGACAAAAAGGGUCUUAAGAAGACGAGUGUACUCGGUGCUCACGGAGGUAGGAAGAUUUUGGGUGGUGCCAGUUUGUCCAAGGGCCACCGGGAGCGCCGGCUGUACCAAUGCCACUAUUGCGACUACAGCACGGGCGACGCGUCUGGUUUCAAGAGGCACGUGAUCUCCAUUCACACCAAAGACUAUCCUCACCGGUGUGACAUCUGCUCGAAAGGCUUCCGCAGACCGUCGGAGAAGAACCAGCACAUAAUGCGGCAUCAUAAAGACCUAAUGCCUACCAUGUGACCUUUGCAAACAGAAAGCCAUUAGGAAAAGCUCAGUUCUGAUGUAGCUGUGGUCUUCAGGGCCGUUAGAAGGCCAACUCGAGGCUUUUUCGGACCCUGAUAGUACAGACAGGCUGAAAGUGAAAGAAAAUAGAGAGGAAAAACAACCAUCCAAUGAGUCCAGUUGCAAGUUUCACUGCUCGCAUUGUCAGUGUUCUUGUUUUUUAAGUUAAAAUAACCAUUCUUGAUCAGCUGACCAGCUUUAUAUCACUAUGAAAAUCGAUCAACUUGCAUAAUAAUCCAUCAAAGGUGGAUGACAUACAUGCCGUGAAGUUUUAUGUUGGAGCAUCUGGUUAUACAUUUGAUUUAUGACUCCUUUAUUGCAUGUUACAACAAAACAUGUUUGAACAGCUUUGGUGAUUGUUGCGUGUAGAAGUACAAACAUUUUGGGAAUAGCCUUGAAGAUGUCCGUUGUCAUUAAAGUACGGUGCUAAUGCUUUAUCGACCAGCUUCAGAUGAGCAGAAUGUCUAGUUAAAGUGAACUGAAAAAUGCCAUGGCUGCUAAAAAUGUGUUUUAAUUUCAGAAA